CGGUCGUCAGGGAUUCGCAGAGGUCAUCGGAAGUAUCAUUUCUCAACCUCUCGAAAAAAAAAUUUUUGCGAAAAAUUAGUAGCAUUUUACCAUCACUUUGAUGACGCAACGACUAGCUUAAUGAUGGUUAUUUGUUGUAUUCGAGCUGGCAAAGUGCACGCUCUACAAGCAUAGAAGCGCGGAUCCGAUAAAGAUCAAGAAUGCAUCCCCGGCGGCAGCGUUAAUUAGCAGGCCGUGGAGCUUUAUCUCUAAUUAACACACGGACAUACGAACACGAGGGUGAUGACAGCGACGUGAUGCAAAUAGACGGUGGUUUGGCAGGUUUGCUGGCGAGCAUCGGUUUGCUAGUGGCCAGUGUAGCGGAGCUAUUGGUAUCCGGUUAUAACUGUUUGACCUUGACACCAAAAUUGUGCGGCUGUCUGCGAACCAGCGUUACGGACGAGACGGUGAGCGAUGGUCACUUAAAGACUCGCAAUAUGGUUCAUCAGUGGGUCAUCGCGCAGAAUCACGUGCCCACCAAGAACCAGCAGCCACCGAUCUAUGUGGUGCAGCCGAUGCCGAUGCCGAUGCAUCCGAUGAUUCAGCCACCCUACGGUAUGCCACCACCAGCACCAGGAAAAUUUCCGCUUAGAGCAUUCGUACCUACUGGAUCUCUUUCGAUCUCUACACCGACAACGUACGGCGCCUUGCCUGUGUUGUCCCAUAUGCCUCCGUAUGUUGGACGACCGCCAUCUCAAAUGUUGCGAACAAAACAAAAACGGCAGCCGCUCGCGGAUCAGGAAGAACUGGAAAUAAAGAGACAAAUUGAGAUUAAGAAUGAAUCUUUGAAGAGGAUGUCGUCGAUCGGCGAGAGUCAAAUGGAUCUGGCGCAAACUUACACGGGAUUGGACAAGAGAAUUUCCGAGGAAUUUAUUUCGAUCGCGAUGGAUCCAGAUAGAAAAUCGAAGACUUCCAGUCAUUACGGCAGCGAAAUCGGAACUGCAAAAACUUUUUAAUGACUUUUUACAGUAAUAAUAAAGGGCGUUUAGUGCAAAAAUGAAAAAAAUAUUUAUUUAUGAAAUCUACUAUACAUACGGUUUUUUUUGUACUUAAAAUAUACUAUACUACAUUAUAGAUUUACAUCGUUCUCUCUCAUGCACUGAAUUAUUCAAUUUCGAGUAACAUUAAACGUUCAUUUAUUGAGAGCAUGAUGUCUUGUUACAUUUAUCAUAGGUUUUUUUGAGACCUUCGCAAAAUGCAAUUUCGAAAUGCGAGACGAUUAUCAAACCGUAAUUAUCAAACCGCUAUUAUGUUGUUAAUUAAUAUAAUCUUUAUUCGCACAUUUUUACUAAUGUCUGAAGAAUGCCAAUAUUUGUAACAUAUGUACAUCAAGUUUCAUCUCAGCAUUAAAUGUAAUUAAGUAUGCGGAGGAAGAUUAUGAAUGACUCUUAUACUAAUAGAAUGCUAAGAUGCCCAUUAUAUUGCUAGCAUAAUUCAAUAAUUUUGUUAUUUCAUGAUUAAUUAUUGUUUGCAUUAUGAAAGUUUCAAAUUUUAUCACGUAAUUUUAUACACACACAAAAUCGACAUAUUAAGAAUAAUUAACUUAACCAGUUCACUGGUAAUAACUCAUACAUGAGCACCAUGAAUAGCUCUGCCAAUUUUUAACGGAUUUGCAUUAAAUUUGAUAUACCCAUGUUUUUUGGGUCGAUGACUAUGAAUCCGGAGUCAAAUUUGAGAAAUUCAUAAUGGCGGAUCCAAUAUGGCGGCUAUCAUCAUCAUAUGGAUAUCAUCAUCAUCAUAUAUAUAUAUAUAUAUAUGUGUGUGUGUGUGUGUGUGUGUGUAUAUAUUAUUACAUAUAUAAUUAGUACAUAUAUUUAUUACAAUUUAUUUAUUUAUAUACAUUCCCAAUUGUUUGCUAAAGCAUUUGAUAUUUCAGUUUUGAUAAGAUAUAAACUUUUAUAGUGUAUUUUGAUUUUUAAACUAGCUAUUACGUUAUAUAGGCUGCGUUCCGAUAUUCAUUGCUAGUACUAAAAAUCUAUAAUUUACAUCAUGUACAUUAUACAUAGAUUUUUAGUAUUGGCAGUGAAUAUUGGAAUGGAAUCAUAAUCAUGACUUUUUUAUUUAUCCAGAUUUCUAAGUUAAUUUAACCAUAAUUUGUAUAUGUAAUUUUUGUUAUAUAUUAAUACAAAAUAAACUUUUUAUCUGAAACUAA